ACGGUUUCUCCCCACCUCGCGGCCCCCUCGGUUUUAUUUUUUCUUCUUCUCUUCGGCGUGGUCGCGUCGUCGCGUUUGCGUCUUCCCGUUCCCGAUCCCUUCCUCCCUCUGCCUCUCGAUUCGAUUCGAGUUUCUUCGUUUUUUUCCCCUCUUAAUAAUCUUCGUGUUGAUUUGGAUUGUCGUCGUGUUCUUCGCCUUUUCUGUCCGCAGAUCUCCGUGCGACGCUGCCCGGGAGCCUCCUCUAUCUGGAUUCGUUCGACUUGAUUGAUUGAUUGUUCGGUUUGCUUGCGACGUGUUUGAUUUUUUUCCUCCCCGGUGAUUCGAUUCGAUCCGAUCCUAUCCGACCCCUUCUCUGGUCUCGAUUUCUGUUUUGUGUUGUUCCCCGUGUUCGUCCUCUCGGCGUGUUCGGUUGUUGCAGGAGCGGAUUUGAUCCGGGAUUUUGGAGGUUCCCGUGGCGUCGUGUGGCGAAGGGGGAAGUCGAGGUUUCGAGGAAGAGGUCAGUUUCCCGUCUACGGUCGUUUGAUUUAGUCACUUGGGUUCGGUGAUUGAUUUCAGAUUUGAGUGGUUGAUUACCUUCAAUCGAUGGAUGGAUGAUCAUCGGGUUCUUAUCUGUCCUUACGCGAGGUGAUUCGAGACCCUGGGUUGAUAGUUAUUUGUAACCGCUGAUCUGGCUUGUGGUAUGUGUUUGUGCUGCUCUAGAUGAUGCAGGAGGGAGGGAGGCUGUUGAGAUGAACCGAAUUGGUGGAGGUUUGAUUAUUAUGGUCCAGGUUCAUGGUUGCUUUGAUUAUUAUGAUGAAUCGGGGAGGUGGAGGUUUGAUUGUUAUGGUUCAUGGCUUUUUGAUUAGUUCAUGGUGGUUCUGAAAUUAUUCUGACACGAAAGUUUGUGGUGUCGUGACAACGUUCACUGGAUUUCCUUUGGUCAGAUCCUCAAGAUGUGCAGAUUUCUAAGUGAUUUGGAGAUAGAUUUACGGGAGAUUGUCAGAUGGAAUAGCAAUGCUUCGUUUGGAUUCUGAACCCCCCUUGAUUUGAUUUAGUUGUUGUCAGCAUAAUUUGAUUAAUGCCUUGAAAAGUCUGAUUUGGGCCGUUGGUUGUUCUUCAGAAUUAUUGGGAGUUGCAUCUCACGGCGAGUCCUAUUUGCUGCAUGAAUUGGAAUCACCAUACAUACAGGCCGCUGGCAGUUCUUUUUCUGUGAUCGACAAUCUUCCCCUUAAUCAAAUUUUCCAUGUUCUUCAUCAGUAAUUCUUAGUUCUUGCAGAUAGCACACAACUAAGAUGGAAUUUGCAAUCCAAACCUGCCUCGGUCUGCGAGCUCAAGACAGGCUUUAUACCUAUGCCACUCAGUCUUUAGUGCAUGUUUUCUAUGCUUAAGCUGCUUUCCUCCAAAAUAAUACUCUUGCUCACUGUAGGUCUCUAAAUAAGAGUAAUUGUUAUGGCUCGUCUCAGUGAAGCUCACUACCCUUUUUCUCUUCAAUUCAUCGUUAGAAGUUAAAAAUUUACAAAGUUGAAUUUCUUCCCAAAUAAAUGUUCUCUUGCUUGCUGCAGGCCUAUCUCAUAAUUUUGCAAGGCCAACCUUCACCGAGUGAAAUCUUUAAAUCACCACCCUUCUCUUCAAUUCAUCAUUAGAAGUUAUAUACCUCACAAAGAUAUAUUUAAGUCCAAUCUAUUGCUCACUGCAGGUUUCUGCAUAAUUUCUAUGGCCAAUCUGCAGGUUUCUACAUAAUUUCUAUGGCCAAUCUGAGUGAAUCCUUUAAAUCAUCACCCCUUUCUCUUCAAUUUACCAUCAGAAGUUAAUUGCUUGCAAAGUUGAAUUUCUUCUCGAAUAAGUGGUCUCUUGCUCACUGCAGGUCCUAGUUCAUAAUUUUGCAUGGCCAGCCUUCACUGAGUGAAAUCUUUAAAUCCCCUUAUUCAAUUCAUCAUUAGAAGUACUCACCAAGGGUAGAAUUUAAGUGCUUGGAUUUAUCUGCAGAAAUGGAAUUGCGUAGGAAUUUUGGAGCUUCAAGAUAGAUGUGACUACUGGAGAAUUCUACAACCAAAACAUACUUUUCCUAGUUUGCCUAAUACUUAACUUCCUGUUUAGUUUCUAUUUCGGUCAUCAGAAUUGCUUCAUACAUGUAGCUUAGAUUUUGGUGUGCCUUUGUCUUUCUUUGUUGGUCGCAGAUUCCUUAAUUUUCUCCCAAGUUGACAAGGUUAUUGAUUGGAGGCUGUUGGCUUGUUCGGUUUGUGUUUUAUCACCUUCAAUUGUUACCUAUGUUUAUCCGAUAGUCUCUGGGUUGGUCUGGGGGUUGGAGCUCUGAAUGCACACAAGGUCUGAUUGAUUUCGCAGAUUAUUGUUACCUGGAUUAUUUCAGCAUAUGGAUCGUUUGGCUUGGCGUUUCUGUGUGGGGUCUUCCCUGAUGGCCAGCCAUCAGUUGCAGUAUCUCGUAAUUUUAGUGGAUUCUAGACUUGAGACCUGAGUUAGUUUUUUUUUUGUGGUUUGUGUGUUUGUCCUUGUUUUAGAUGAUGCAGAAGGGUGGCUAUCGGGAGAUUAAAUCCAAGAGUAGAGGAUGGAUCUUUUGAUAUUACGGUGGACUGGAGCAACUAUCAUAUAACUGGAAAAAGAUCAUUAAGCCAAAUUCACCCACUCAUUAUUUUAGUACUUACCAUCCGGUUUAGCAUCUUCUCAGCGAUGCUUAUGUGGAUUUUCGUUUUUUCUCCAGCAAUUGGAAGUACUAGCUUUGUUGGAGUUGCUAUUUUGGAGCUAAUCAGGGCACUGGUUUCUUCUGUGAUUAACAAUCUUUCUACUUCUUUAGUUAUUACUCUUCAGACAUGGUUUUUAUGUGCCUGCCAUCAAUUCAAAUGCAGACAUACAGAUUCAGUACAGAUUUGGAGCUGCAAAAUCAAUACAGAUUUGGAUGUUCUGACCUCUCUAAACAGGCUUAUCCCUCCUUUCCACCAUGACAAUUUGUUUUUGAUGUCUAAGCUGCUUCCGCCUAUACAGAUUCAUAGAAGAUAGUCUUUUGCCUGUUUCAGGUCUAUUUUUGGUCAUUUUGCAAGGCAAAUCCAAUUCCGAUUGAAAUCUUCUGAACAACCAGGAUUUUCCCUUCAACUCCUUAUUAAAAAGUUAAAUGCCCCACAAGGACAGAAUUUGAAUACUCUUAAUUUCGAUCAUCAGGGAUGGGGAGGGUUCGAGGGUGUGUUUUGGAGCUUCAAGCUAGAUGAGACCAUGGGAGAUCGUACAACCUACAACUAUAUACGAUUUAGUGCUCUCCUUGCAUUCUUAUGUUUCUAUUUCUGUUUUGGUUGAUAAUGUAGCUUCUUAUGCCCAUAUUUGAUUUGGCGUCAUUUGUGCCUUCCUCUGCAUGCAGAUUCUCCUUUUGUCCAUGUGACGAGGAAAUUUUCUCGAGGAAAUUAAAUUGCCUGGUUUGUGGUUUACCAUUUUGUGGUUUGAUUGAUUGUUUCUAGAUUCGGUGCAUGUGUUUUCUUGUUCGCAUAUUGAUUACCAUUUUGUGGUUUGAUCGAUUGUUUCUAGAUUCGGUGCAUGUGUUUUCUUGUUCGCAUAUUGAUUACAGGGUUGGUUGGAAAUGAGCUCCCUGUGAGAAAGCUAGUACCUGGAAAUUGAGGAAGGGCAGUAAGUUAUUAGAUAAGGUCUGGUCGUUUCAUAGAUUUAUCUUGAUUUGGAUUGUCUGUCUCUAUGCUGUUCUUUGUCUCGGCACUUUGAGGAAUUUUACCUAAUGGCCAGCUAUCAGACAUUAUCCUUUUAUAUAAGAUGACACGCCAAAGGGUGGAUGUUGGAGUUGAAAAGGGAUCUAUGUUUGGUUAGUUCAUGGGAAGUCCGUGUUAUUUAUCAAUAGUGGUUCCCUCAUUGGAUUUGCUGUCAUUCAAUAUCUACAAGUUAAGGUUUGGAGUUGAAGCUCGACUGGACCAAAGAUCAUGCAUUGGAAAAAAUUAACCUUUUGUUUGGAUUUCUUCAUGUGCACACUUCAUCUGUCCAACAAUACUUAUCUGCUUCUUCUCCAACAAUUAGAAGUAUAUAUAUGGCUUGUGGAGUAGCUAAUUUCGGAACCAUGCUUGGAGUUCCUUCCCUGACUUCUUUUGUUAGUCUUUGUUAGUUAAUGCUUUUCAGACAUUGGUUUUAUAUAUGUCCCUUGUUGAUUCAAUGCAGACAUGGCAUUUGAAGAUACAAAGUGUAAUCAAUAUUUGUUUGGACGCGUGCUCAGUUGCUGAAUUCUUUAACCCAGGCUUAUUCCUCUCUCAUUGUGACAUCUUUCAAUGCAUGUUUGUGAUAUUAAGUGUAUCUUUCUGCCAAAAUAAACACAUAGUUUGGUCCCUCUUCCUUUCUUUGUUAACCUUGCAAGACAUUCUGUGGAGCAGAAACCUGUUUGCAGAUUUGUUAAUUCUGUCAUCUCAAAUCAUUAUUCAGAAAGACCAACAGAAUCUUUUAUACUGUUGAAAUUUGAACUUGGAUUUCAUCUGCAGAGAUCCAGCAUACCAAGGCCGUUCAGGACUUGAAGUAGAUGAACCAGACAGUCCAUAGCUGCAAGAGCUCACUUUUCCUAAACUUUAGACAAAUAUAUACUGUUCUGACUCCCGAUUACUUGAAUCGUCACUAUCUUUUACCUGUUCUAUGACCACAAUUUUAACCAAUGGCUGUUUGGUUGGUUUUCACUUUCCAGCAGUUGUGCACUCAAAAGGAUUUGUCAGUUCCAGAUCUUGUUGCCGGUAACAUUUUCAUGGGCUUCCUGAUCAUUACACCAUAAGAUUUUAAAUCAGUGUUAACAGCUCCUGAAUCUCAGACAUCAGAUAGGUAUCACAGUUGGUGCAGGUUUCAUUAUAUGAGUUCUAUAGAAAAAGAAUGUGUAACAAUCUGUUGCUAACUGCACAACACUUUAUUCUUGCCAAUUCUUCCCAAUAGACCAAUAUUAUCCAGUAAGUUGGUGUUUAUGUUGGAUUGUUUCAAUAACCUUGAUGAUUAUAAGGAUUCUUUGUUCAGAUGACUAAUUUAAUGACCAAUUCUUCCCAAUAUUAUAUCCAGUCAGUUGGUGUUUAUGUUGCUUACAACGGUUCAAAGUUGAUUUACUUGACUAUGAUUUGGAGUUGGAGCAGAAGAUACUAAAAUGAGCACAAAACUUUAUGUUCUCACACAUUUUUAACUUACCUGUGCCAAAUUAAGAUAUGGCAUUUUCUUGUUUCUGCUGUCUUGAAUCACUGGUUUUCACAUCAUAUCUCAACAUCCUGGAUUUUUUUUAAGGCACUAAUCAGUUACAUAUUGGGUCUAAACUUUAUUUUGAUGAAAUUAGUGAUUAUUAACCUGCAUUUCCAGACUGACCACAAUAAUUUUAGGUUGUUGAGUAACCUGCGUUUCAUGAUGGAUAUUUUCGUUGUUUUUCAAUUUGAUCUUCUGUUUUGUGUUGUCUUUUCUCUCUCUUUUUUUUCUUUCUUCUUCUUUUCUCUCUCUCUUUUUUUUUUUGCCGUUUAACACUGCCUUUGCCGGUCCCAAGCCCGGAUGAAAAAAUGUGGAGGGAACUGCAAGUAGCUUGUUAAUAUGAUUUGUGUUGUAAAUUCUGGAUUUGAGUUUCUGACGGAACCGCAGUGGAAUCAAUGACUGCAAAACCACAAACUGACUUUUGUCAUCAAAGUAGAAGUAAUCACCCUUUGUUGGUGAUGGGAUUUCGAUCUUGCAAUGGUGUUGCAUUAUCAGAGCAUUUUUUUGCAGGUUACACUGUUGUUUCCGGAGCCAGGCCAAAGUGUUGGCAGCGGCAGUGCAGAGUAAGACAGGUAUGGUUUGACAAGAAAGCCAGUAUUUUCAGUUAAAAGUGUGGCCUCCAAUAUUAUUGCCGCGGGACUAUGUUUUUUUUUAACCCUUUUUUUGGGGGUAAAAAAUUCGCAUCCCUUCAGUUGUUCCACGAUUGACUACAUUUCAGGGACAAAGCGUCAGCUGACAAAUCUGAAGACACUGGCAAUGGAAAACUCUCGUGUCUGUUGAGCAGCUAGACUGCACUCUAAUUUUCCUACUCGUUCAGAAUUCAGAUGCAGUGUUGGCGCGGCUAGCAGGCAACGGUGAUCCUGUGCGGCAAGGGACGAGCAAAGUUUGUGGGCAGCAGGAUGAAACAAUAGUGGCCUUGUGCACUGAUAGUAUUUUUGAAGGGACUGCACUGAUAUGAUAGUAUUGAUAUUGUGAUACGACGCCAGUACGCCACGAGAUAGAUUAAAAUCCAGAUAUCUGCAUCUUAAAAUCCAGAUAUCUGCAUCGUGGGUGUUGCCGUGCACCCUCUGAUUCUUUGAUUCUGUCAUCUAAAUUGUAAAAAGCGGCUACAUAUCCCUCCAUUUCUUUCCUCUCUGUACACUCGUAAGCAUCCAAAAUACAAAGGUUUGGCCUAUUGCGUUGUCAAAUUGAGAAAUUAGUCAACUCUACAAUUUGAAAUCAGUUUCGGCUUAGUUCAGUCAAGCAUAUCUUCAUUGGCUAUUAGUAUACUGAACGUUUCGGCUGCCUUUGGUUUUUUGGGAUUUGAGGAAAAUUGGGUAAUUCUUAAGGAUUUGAGGGAUUUGGGUAGUACUAUUCACACCUUUGGAUUGGAGAUUUGAAGAAGGGCAUUGGAGUACAAGAGAAUUUUCCCUUUGCCCAUGUCCAUAGGAAUUUGACUUUUAUUUGCCUUUGAGACGACCAAAGCAAAUCAAUUUUAUUUGCCUUUGAGACGACCAAAACAAAUCAAUUCAUGUGACUUCGAGUGAUCACAAUUGAGACAAUCAACAAGCAAAUAGAAACUAUAUUUUAUAUAUCAAGAAUCCAUUGAUUUACUCUAUUCUUAGUGUUCCAAACACGGAAACACCAUACUUCGUCUUGUGUUCCUAUAAUCUUUCGAUUUCUGUGUAUAUUUUUACAUCCUGCGUUCAAGGCCCUUCGCGUUAAUACUAUCCCCAUCUACAAAAAAAUAUAGGGAUUUAGAAUGGAUGUAGUGGGAUAUAUCAGCAUAAAAAUAAGCAGCAAUUUUACUAAAACAGUGCACAUCCGUAUGUGUCAUGGUCAACUAGGCAACAAUAUUAAAAGGGGCAAAAAUGUCCAAGUGGCAGUUCGGACAAACAACUAGUGCAGUACUUAAAUAUGCAAAAAGGAAGCUCUAAAAGAAAGAAACCCAAACAAAACAAAACCAUCCCCACCCACAGUGGCAAGAACUAGGAUCCUCCCCCAACUUUGAUCUCUCCCACCACUACUACUCAUCCAUCAAAUCAACGUCGCUCCCCUCCUCCUCUCGCGGCGCGGCUCCUUUCCAAGAUUCUCCGAUCCCCAAACCCCCAAUCGCCAGAGCAAAGAAGGGGGAACAUCGCCAGGAAAAAGAUCGGUGGCGAGAGAAGGCGGAAAGCGAAGGAAAGCGAGGGGAGCAAAAGGAGAGAGAGAGAGAGUCUUUUCAAUUUUCUUUUGUUUUUCUUUUCUCCCUGCAAGAGGCAGCUCGGCGUUGCUGCGAAUUCCAUCCAUGUCGCUCGCCGUCCUCAGGAUGAGGUUUUGAUGCCCGAAUCCGGCCUUUUCUCUGUCUAUUUCAGCACCUCAUCGAUUUUUUUUGGCUCUUGUGAUGCCCUCUGUCGUAGAGCUCCCCAAUCAGGGCUUCCUCACUUGUGCCAUGUUUGUUGCUCACUCCUUUCUUGAUUAUUAGUUGGUAGCUCACCAGUUUUUGCAGGGGUUUUGGCAGAUCAUGUAGUCUGCCUGCUCAAUCCCUGGUCAGUUAAUCUAGAAACCUCAUUGAAUAAACAAGUUCAGAGGUUCUUGAUUCCUUUUGUUGCAAUUGCAAUUGCAACUUUGUUGUGCAAAUUGUCCAUUGACCCAUACAAAGGAGAUUGUUCUUGGCGCAUUCUGCGGCAAUGGACGAUGUCCCAAGUCAAUUGCUCUUCUCCCAUCCGGAGGUGCCUGAUAGCUUCGAUGAUUUCUUGAACAACAUCACAACCUGCACCCACACCCACACCUGCAAUCCUCCUGGUCCGUCGGCAACCAUGCACACCCACACAUGCUUGCACACGCACACCCAGGUCUUCGCCUCCGGCAGUGGCGAAGAUGACAUCAAGGAGGACCUGACGAAGACCCGGAGGCCGCUGGGGAACAGGGAAGCCGUGCGCAAGUAUCGGGAGAAGAAGAAGGCGCAUGCGGCUUUCUUGGAGGAGGAGGUCAAGAAGCUCCGCGCCGCCAAUCAGCAGCUGCUGAAGCGAUUGCAGGGCCAUGCUGCGCUCGAGGCUGAGGUGAUCAGGUUAAGGAGCAUCCUACUCGAUGUCCGGGGCAAGAUUGAUAUGGAGAUCGGCACAUUCCCUUACCAGAAGCCGUGCAGUGUUGGCUCUGUGGCAUGCACUGAUCCAGGUAUGUGCUUCAAUGGCAAUUCUGAGAUUGGAGGGGUCUGGGAGGAGUGCUCUAGACCAGUGGGUGCAGAUCGCAUGAUCGACAAAGAUGGUAGCAUGUCACAGGAAAUUGAUAUCCCAGGACCGGUGCAUUCCAUUUCCAUGGAUGUUGUCGGAAGCUUGGUGACUUCUGCUUCUCUAUCUGAGUGAAUGCUUUUAAAGGAUGUUUCAGUUGUUUGGCAGAUUUUCAAUCCAUGCCAUGCCAGGUUCUUCUUACUUGAGGGGUAAACAAUUUUUGUCAGUUAUACUCUCAUGGAAUAAAAGGGUAACAACGAGUAGGAACUGAUCUGGUGCCUUUUAUGUUCUAAUGAUACUCCUUGUGUAAGUUUUUCUUUUUUAGUUAAUGACUCCUCGUGUAAGUGUUCACUGUGUAUAGACUACGGAGUACUCGUGUAUAUAUAUAUAUAGCACUGCAAGAAUAUGUGCUUAAUCAUGUUUUUGAAAAUUGUAAUGCCAGUAUGUAAAUGAAGUAUACUUCAGUUCUGAUAUCUGUUAGUAUUCAAUGUGUUGCUUCCUGUUA